UCUGCUUCUUGUUUUUUUUUUCUUUUUACUUUUUGUCUGCUACCCCUCAUUGAGCCACUUGAGCCUGGAGCAGAUGGAAAGAUUGUAGUGUGGGCAAAGCAAGCGAGCAGCGUUACAGAGAGAGCACUGGAGAAGCCAUGCAGAGCGUCCAGUGACGAUGCUUGAGCCACUCAACCACUGACCAUCACAAACUUUGGUCCACCUUGACUGAGCCCCAGAGAGACCGAGGAAUUAAAGACGGUACAUGUGACGGGCCAAACAAGCCCGGGACCAUAAAGAGUGGGGGUCUGCAGCAAAGAGAGUUAAACAAAGGGGCCAGAGGAGAUGCUCACGAGGACCAGAUAGUGAAGACAGAACUACAGAGAGCCAGGACGGCUACAGGUGUGUGCUCGAAGCAGGAGUGACCCCCAGAGUCAGCUGAUCAGAGCUGCAGCAAGUGAAACCCACGGACGGACGGACGGACGGCGAGAAGCAGACGAGGAUGGCCAACUCGGGGCUGCAGCUGCUGGGCUACUUCUUGGCGCUGGGCGGCUGGAUCGGCAUCAUUUCCACCACGGCGCUGCCCCAGUGGAAGCAGUCGUCGUACGCGGGCGACGCCAUCAUCACGGCCGUGGGCCUGUACGAGGGGCUGUGGAUGAGCUGCGCCUCGCAGAGCACGGGGCAGGUGCAGUGCAAGAUCUUCGACUCCAUGCUGUCGCUGGACUUCCACAUCCAGACAUGCCGGGCGCUCAUGGUGGUGUCCGUGCUGCUGGGCUUUAUCGGCAUCAUCGUCAGCGUGGUGGGCAUGAAGUGCACCAAGGUGGGAGACAACAACCCAGCCACCAAGAGCCGCGUGGCUGUGAGCGGAGGGGCUCUCUUCCUGCUCGCAGGUCUAUGCACGCUGGUGUCUGUGUCCUGGUACGCCACCCAGGUGUCCUAUCAGUUCUUCAACCCCAACACACCGGCCAACGCCAGGUAUGAGUUUGGCUCCGCCCUGUUUGUGGGAUGGGCGGCAGCGAGCCUGACAGUACUGGGUGGCUCCCUGCUGUGCUGCUCAUGCUCCAAAGAAGACAUGCGAGGACAGCAGUACUACCGCCAAUCACAGCCCUCCACAGCCAGGGAGGCAGAGUUGUUGAGUGAAACUAGUUUUCCUGACUGAUCAGCCUUUUUAUCGAGGACUGUCCGACUGUCCCACCACUGUCUUCCCUCUUUCUACCAUCCUAUUUUUUAGACCCCAGAUUUGGACCUAGAAUAAUAAUACCCUUUCUUCAGUACUUCACCUGCACCUUAGACAAAAAGAUGUAUUGUUUUCUACCAUUUUCUCAACCUUUUCUGUAAAUAUGAACACUUCGAAGCUGAAAUUUUAGAAAUAAGUCGACCUCCUUCAUUUCACCCUGUAAACACUAGGUUAAGCCUCAAACACUCUCUCUGCCUCUAAAACCUAAUGGAGUGAAGCACUGGUUUGUUUGCAUUGAUUCAUGAUGUGACUCGUAUCCUAUGACCUCUGGGUGUUUGUCUAAAUGUGUCUGUGUGGGUUCAUGCAGCUGUCACUGUGACUGAAACAAGUCUUUUUUUUCUUUCUGAAUUGCAGACCAAAUGUUAAAAGUACCCCACCAGAGAAAAGGGAGCAGUACUUGUAGUUUGGGAGUCCUCUGGCCUUGCCAUGGUCUAGAUUGUGUCAACAGACCAAACCCUCUCACUGAGGAAUUCAAAACAGACAAACAGACCAUUAGUGAAAGAAAAAAAUGUUUCAAGUUAAUUGCAGCAGCAUAAAUUAGAGUCUUGUUGAAGUUUUUUUUUAUUGCAUUGCUUCUGAGAAAGUUGGACCUAGUGGAGAGUGAUGUUGCUCUGUUGUCUGUUUUGCUGACAGUUGUUCAGGGUAUGUGUUCUAUAACAUGUUAAAUGCCUCCUCUUCUUUUUUACUACAUAUAUAAUGUUUUACUACACGGUGCCUUAUAACACGUUGUGCACUUGUGCGUUUGUGACUACACUGAUCAUCCUCCUGUUCCCCUGCCAGCAGUCUCUCUAUUGUUGGAUUUCUGAAAAUGAAUGUGAAGCUAUGCUACAACAAAGACAUACACAGGAUGAUGUUGAACAUAAAGCUAAGGCGACUGUGUUCCUGGAUGGAGGAUGCACCCACUCUCCUCCUUGUUUCCUUCAGUGCCACUAUGAUUUUUGUGAAUGACAGAGUCAUUGUAUUCUCGGCUCUGAAGGAUGUACUGUACUGUGUCCUGGACUAGGUGUUCAGACGCCUCCACUCAUUUACACUCAUGUCAUUCCUUUUUCUAAUAUUUACCCUCCACAUUGUGUAUCAUCUCAUUUACAGUAUACUCCUGUCUCUUUCUUUUAGAAUAAAAUAAAACGAGACAAACA